AUGGGUGUGAUAGCUGUUGCUGGUGGUACUGGUGGCAUGGGUAAAGCUAUCGUCGAACAACUUCAGCUUACCAACAAAUAUCCGUUCAUUGUUUUGAGUAGAAAGAGCAGUGCACCAUCAUUCCAUCCACCUCUAGUCCAGGUUGACUACGAGGACGUGGAAUCUUUGGUCAAAGUCUUGGACUCGCACAACGUCGAAACAAUCGUCAGCGCCAUCUCCAUGCACUCCGAGCCCUCGUUCAAGUCGCAACUCAACUUGAUUGAUGCGGCAGAAGCGUCAAAGACGACCCGACGCUUUAUACCCAGCGAAUUCGGGGUUCUCAAUAGACCUAAAGACGGCAGAGAUGAAACCUUUCCGACACCGUGGAUCAAGACUGCCGAAAGGCUGAAGAAGUCUAGUCUACAGUACACCCGCUUUGUGAAUGGCUAUCUCAUGGACUACUGGGGGAUGCCUCAUUUUCCUAGUCACAUGUCGCCAGGCCUUUGGUCCAUUGACGUCUUCAACCGACGGGCCGUGAUUGCUGGCUCUGGUAACGAUGUCAUCAGCCUGACCCAUUCAAACGAUGUGGCUCGUUUCAUUGUCCGUUCACUCGAAUCCGAGGAUUGGCCAGAGUACAGCAUCGUUGUCGGUUCCGAUGUGACUUUGAAUGAGGCUUUGGCCAAGAUCCAAGAUGGGGCAUCUUUCACGUCACAUACGACGGCGAGGAAAAAUUGA